AUGUCCACCUCCUCCGCCUCCUCGACCCUUCUGCAGCUGUCGCGCAAGGCGGCGGCCAUUCGGGCGGCCGAGCUGCCCCGCUUUCAGGCGCUCUUUCCGAAGCUGGUUCGCCAGCUAACGGAGCCCAACUGUGAAGCUACUGAUCAAACCUCCUCCUCCUCCUCCUCAAUCAUCGAGCACUCUCUCUUCCGCGAAAAGACGAACUCCUCCUCAUCCUCUUCUGAAAUCGAUCACGCCCACCGCUGGCUGUCCUCCAUGCUGCAGUACAACGUGCCCCAUGGGAAGCUGGCCCGCGGCCUGGCCCUCUCCAUCAACUACCAGAUUCUGCAGUACGGCUACGAGGCGGUGGAGCAGGGAAGCAAGUCAUCAUCGGAAGAAAAAGACCUCACCGGCGCCCGAGUGCUCGGCUGGUGCGUGGAGCUCUUUCAGGCGUACUUUCUCGUCCUCGACGACAUCAUGGACGGCAGCAUCACCCGCCGCGGACAGCCCUGCUGGUACCGAAAG